GAAGCGAACGAUCGGGUGGUAUAUAAACCAAACAUUGAACCGAAAGUAACCAUCAGUUAACGUUCAGCGAUCGUGUGUGCUCUACCUACUCCAAGCCUAAUCAUGAAGGUUUUCAUUGUCCUGUUCGCCGUGUUGGCCCUUGCCCUUUGCGACGGUGAGACCGACGCAAACAAGAAGGAUAAGCGUGGCAUCGUUGAGCUGAGCAACGGCUACGAUCAGUACUACGGAGGAUACGAUGGAUACUACGGAAACGACUACCAGCAUCAGGUGACGAACCACGUUACGGUGACGAAGAAGGUCGCUGUCCCGUACCCAGUGGCCGUCGAGAAGCAGGUUCCGGUCGCCGUCAAGGUCCCCGUCCCAGUACACGUGGAGAAGCAGGUCCCUUACGUGGUUGAGAAGAAGGUCCCGGUGUACAUCGAGAAGAAGGUCCCAGUGCACGUGGACCGUCCGUAUCCCGUCCCGGUGAAGGUGCCGGUGAAGGUUCCAGUCUACCACAAGCAGGUGGUUGAGGUGGCCAAGCCAUACCCAGUGCCGGUCGAGAAGUCUUACCCGGUGUACGUGAAGGAGCCCCACUACGUGCACAAGACGGUUCCGUCGACGGUGUACGACCACGAUUCGACUGUGUACGGCAGCUCGGUCGGCUACGAACACAAGCCACUGUGGGAUUUGUAUGCGUUCAUUGUGUUCUCUGUGGUCCUGGCCCUUGCCAGCGUGGGUGCAGUCGAAAACUCCAACAAGGAAAAGCGCGGACUGUGGGAGGUUGAGUCGGGACAUGACUCGUACGAAGCCUACGGCCAGCAUCAUCAACCACUGAACUAUGGAUACACCAAGAAGGAGAUCAUCACAAAGAAGGUCCCAGUUCCUUAUCCAGUAGAGGUCGAGAAGCACGUCCCAGUUCCGGUGAAGGUCCCGUACCCGGUGAAGGUCGAGAAGGAGGUCCCAUUCGUGGUUGAGAAGAAGGUCCCGGUUUACAUCGAAAAGAAGGUUCCAGUGCACGUUGACCGCCCGUACCCGGUGGAAGUGAAGGUUCCAGUUGAGGUCCCAGUUUACAAGAAGGAGUACGUCGAGGUCCCGAAGCCAUACGCAGUUCAUGUCGAGAAGCCUUAUCCAGUGUAUGUGAAGCAGCCCGUCUACGUCGAGAAGCAGGUUCCAGUGACCGUCCACAUCAAGGAGCACCACAAGAAGCCGUACUGGGGUUGAAAGGAACUUCAGUGUGUUCAGACGGGUCGAUGGAAGCUUCUGACAGUUGUUGAUGAUCUUAAAUAAAUGUUAUUGUAGAAAUUAAA